CAGAAAACUUCCUAUCUUAAGUCAAAAGUUAAGAUAAGACGAGUGGAGAUAAGAUUUUUUCCAUUUUGGUAUUACAGAAGCAAAUCCUAUCUCAAUUUAGGAUUCUUAUCUUAUCUUUGUAAAUCCUAUCUUAUCUCGAGUUAGGACUCCUAAGUAAGCGAUCGAGACAUCUAGGAUCGACUUUUUAUGUCUGUUACCUUAGCAACUGAUGAUGCGUUGUGUCUCGUGAAGUGUCGUUUGUUUUGACAAAGUAGGCUAACAACUAGCACUAGCGAAAGAAAAAAAUAAGGUAGAUAUGGAUAAUCCGAAAAGAAGAGCAUUAAAUUUUAAACACGACGAGGUGGAAGCCUUGGUAACUUUGGUAGAGGAGUCGAAGGACAUUUUGUUCGGCAAGUUCAGUGCCACACUUACGAAAGAAAUGAAAGACAAAGAGUGGCAAAGAAUUGCCAACACCGUCACGGCCGUGGCGGGCAUAUAUAGAGAUGUAGACUCGGUGAAAAAGAAAAUCACCACGCUCACCAGCCAGAUAAAAAUGAAGGCGGCGAUGGCCAAUAAAGAGCAACGCAAGACAGGAGGGGGAACGUCGUCUGCUCCUGUGCUGACACCAGCGGAGACGAGGGUGCUCGGCCUCGUAAAACCGGUCAGCUAUGAAGGCGUACACGGAGGCAGUGAGGUGGGGUUGCCGGUUCCAGAUGUGGACUUGGAAACCAUUGAGCUGGAUUUUGGCAACACUGAAGUGGUCCUUCAGCUGGAAGUCCAACCAUCACCAAAAAAAAAGAAACGGCAGCAAACGGACACUCAAGCCUUAAUUGAGAUAGAGAGGGAGAAGUUGGAGCUGUACCGUCAGCAUUUAGAGUUACAGAAGGAACGACUGGCUCUGGAAAGAGAAAAAUUUGAAUGGGAGAGGAGAAAAUUCUCAAAAGAAAUUGAGGUAACACUUUAG